CGUUGGCGAGUGGAGGUUAACCAAACGCCAAUUAGGCUAGGCCAAAUCCCCGGACUGAAAUAGCAAAAUGGAAGACUGAAAAAGAGAGAAUAUAUAGAAAUGGGCGGCAGUUGAAAGUUGCAAAUGAAACAACGUUUGAGAUAGACAUUGAAAGUUGAAACUAACAGCGCCUGCACAAGCACAACCAUUUCAGGAUUUGUCGUCCUCACUAUUUUCAAAAACUAUCACUUAUAAGGUGAUGAUCGAAGGGUUUCAGUGAUAGUUUUUGAAAGAAGUGGGGUCCAUGUGACGCAACAAAAUAUAAUAGUUUUUGGUUUGUCAACUUCCACUCGUCUCUCCUCGUUUCAGCUUUUUUCCUUGUUGCCUAUUGCUAUACUCUCUAUCUUAGACGCUCAAAUGUUCUCUUUCUGUUUGUCUUUUAAUCCGUUUUACAGUCCUUUAUAUACCUCCAUGGCUUUUGCACAAUCAUAUUCAUCAUCACUUCUGUUUUCUUACUUUUUCCUCCCAAGAUUCUCCUUUCAUAUUCCAACAUUCUAUUAUUGUCCCAGUUUUCAUCGCCGCCACUCCAAAACACAACCAAACCCCUGUUGUAAUCAAUGUUUUAUUAAUCUAUCUUGACCUUUGUGUUCGACAAAUGCCAAAGUUGUGACCUUUUCUCGUGAAGUUGGGCUGUAAAAAGGAGUUUCAAAGAUUUUUAGGGAAGCAAGUGAAGGCAAUUGAUUUCAACUGUAAUUUCUGUGCAGAGGAAUAUUCAUACAUCAGCAGAAAUGGUGUCGUUGGAGGAGCUUCUUGCUGAUGAUGGAUUCAGGGGAAGAAGAUCAUUGGCAAGCACAAGACCUUCUUUGAGUACGUCCCUAUACCCUUUUCGAGAUCAAAACAGAAUAGCCUCUCCUUCAAACAGAAUCAAGACUGAAAAGGUGAGGUCUGAUGUAUCUCGACAUGCUUUAAUGGGAAGAUUGCCAAGAAGUGAUAGUCAUUCGGGAAGAAAGACAAGGGAUAGUCUUGUUAGAAGAGAAACAGUAGAUAAAAGGUCAAUGAAAGAACACAAGCAAAGACUUGCAGAAGAUUUCCAAGGAAGUGAAAUUGUUGAGGAAGCUGUGGAAGAAAGUGUGAGGGUGAUGAAUAUACAUUAUGAUGAAGUGAAAAGAAGAUCAGAACAGCGAGAAAAGUAUUUGAAAGGAAUUGUUGAAAAGGAGAGGCCUAAAGAGAGUUCAGGAAAGGAUGUAAAGGUAGAUAAGACCCAUGGCAACAAUUCUAACAGAGGUUUGCUCAGAAGUGAUAGAAGUAGGAGAAGCUUGAAAGAGCCUGAGACAAAUUAUGAUAGAUCAAACAGAGGUUCAUUUCGUAGAAAGAAAUUUGAAGAUGAUAAUGAAAAGCCUGAAAAUGCUAUGCCUCCAGCUUCUGAACCUGCUCUUGAUGAAGUUGCUGUGCAAGCCAUUGUCUCAAUCCUUAGUGGUUAUAUUAAACAGUUUCUCAAAGAUGUGGAUUUUCGCACCACACUUCAUCAUAAUACAUUCUCUUCCCUUAAUUUUAUUGAACUUGGAGAAGAAUACAGCAAUGAGAUCAAGGUAAUAGCCAAUCUUGAACAAGCAAUUGAAACUGUAGAAAGAGCUGCUGAGGAGUCUGCAAGUUCAAAAGAGUUGAAAAGAGCUUCACUACAGCUUAGUGUGAUUACAGGCUUGAAUUCAAGUGACAAGAAGGACGGUUUCACUUAUGGGAUUCCCAAUUCCAAGUUGUCAGCCUGUGCUUAUCUCUAUCUCAGUGUGAUAUAUAAGCUACAAAAAAAGGAAAGGAUCUCAGCAAAGCAUCUUUUGCAAGUGUUCUGUGAUUCUCCAUUUAUUGCGCGAACAACUUUGUUACCUGAACUCUGGGACCAUGUGUUUUCUCCACAUCUUGCACAUUUGAAGGUGUGGUAUAAACAAGAAGCUGAGUGUUUAACAGAUGCGCCGAAUAGACCAAGGAAGCUGGAGCUUCUUGAGAAAGUGUACAAUGAAAUUCUGGAUUCCGGGACUUACCAGUUUGCAGCGUACUAUAAGGAUUGGCUUACAGAGGGAGUUGAAGCUCCUUCAAUACCUUCUAUACAAAUUCCAUCAAGGUCUGUUCAUGGUCUUCAGAGAGGAGGUUCAUUUGAUCAUUAUUCAGAGGUCGCUAGUCCUGCAGGGCCUUUCUCACCACAACCCAUGGUGAGUAAAAAGCUACAUGAUGCUGUGUUUGGAAGAUCAAGCAAACCAAAAGUUGAAGGAGCUGAAAAUGAUGGAGAAAUAGAUACCUUUGAUAAUGGAGUAAGAAGCUCGGAUGGUUCCAUUGUAGAAGUGAAACAAACGUUAACCUGCUCUUCUGAAAUUGUUAAAUGCACAUAUCAAGAUGUCAAAGAAGGUUCUACCAAGAGUGUCCAAGAUGCUUUAUACUCAAAUUUAAACGUUCUGCAGGAAGAAAUACUUUUCUUAACACAUGAAGAAGGGUUAAGACUGCAGGAAGUAAGUGCUUCACCAGAAAGAGAUGUGAGUGAUAAAGUUAGCAUCUUGAAUACAAGUAAAAAAACUGAAGAAGAACCUCUUGGGCUAUGUGCACCCUCAAAUAUAGACGCAAAUGAGCUUGCCUUCAAGAGACUAGCAAGAUCAGUUUUUGAACAGCAACAACCUGAGAGUACUAGUGCGGAGCAGCCAAUCAGAUUGAGUCUCUUUCUUAAAGGCUUGCAAGCAAGUCCAGAAUAUUUUGAUGAAGGAUCCUUGUUCACAAGCAUUCCUCAGGACUUCAUUUGUCCCCUCACUAGAAGGUUGUUUGAAGAUCCAGUUACCCUGGAGACUGGUCAAAGCUUUGAGCGAGAGGCCAUCAAAAAGUGGAUUGAGCAGGGAAACAAAACAUGUCCUGUAACAGGAAAAGCAUUGGAAUCUACAACCAUUCCACUCACCAACUUCAUUUUGAAGCGUGUUAUUGGUGCUUGGAAGUUAGAAAAUUGCAGACAUCUUUUGGCUUUUGCCUCCCAAAUAGUGGGGAAGCCAGGGGAAGAAAGCUCAACAAACCAGAAUGAAACACCUACAUUUAUACUAGAGCAGCUUCUUACUAGUUUCAGCAGUAAAGACAGAAUAACAAAUACCAAACAUUUUAUCUCUCUCGGUGGUUUGCAAUUUCUUAUUCAGAGGUUUGAGCUUGGAAAUUUAGAGGAGAAGACGCAUGUAGCAGCACUUUUGUCCUGUUGUAUUGAAGCAGACACCAGUUGCAGAUCCCAGAUAACUAGAAGUAUUAAUAAAGAGUCUCUCCUUGAGCUGCUUCACAGCAAGCAAGUCAAGUCAAGAACAAAUGCAGUGCUCUUGUUGACUGAAUUGGUUUGCUUGAACAGGAGGAGAGAUGUUGCGUCAUUGUUAAGAGGUUUGCAGAAUGAACAGAUAGUGAAAGCAAUGCAUGUUCUGCUUGUGUUUCUUCAGAGCUCUCCUCCUGAGCAGAAACCCUUAUUAUCUGUACUUCUGUUACACUUAGAUCUUUUGGUGGAACCUCGAAAGUACAGCAUAUAUAGAGAGGCAGCUGUUGAUGCCAUCUCAUUAGCCCUGGAUGAAAGCUUAACAAGCGAGAAUGUGCGAGAGAAGUGUUGCAGAGCCCUUCUCAUCUUGGGAGGGCGUCUUUCUUGUUCAGGAGAAUUGGUGACAGAGAGUUGGAUCCUGAAGCAAGCUGGGUUUAAUGAAUAUUGUUGUGAAGUAAAUUCUCUCAACAAUGAAGAAAAUGAUUUAGUGAUAAAUGAUUCUAUCGAUUUGGAUAAUGAAGAAGAUGCCAUUGAGAAGUGGUUGAGGAAACUGUCAGCAUCACUACUCGGAAAUGGAAAAAAGUCAUUUCUAGAGACUAUUUCCAAGAGUUUAGGGUCUGGAAACUUGAAUUUGAUCAGGGUGUGCCUUGUUACUGUGGCAUGGCUAAGCAGUGCACUUUCUUCACAAUCUGAUACCAAAUUCCAGCUCUCUGCUUUCUCGGCCUUAAUCGCUCAGCUGAAAGAAAUUCUUGAACAUGGUGAACAGCUUCAGCUCAAGGUCCUUGCUUCUUUGUCUUUGCUCAAUUUUAGCAGAAUCUCAGAAUGCAGGGUCCUGUUGAUGACAAUUGCAGAAGAGAUCAUCAUUCCUUUAAGAAGUUUAGCUGAAGAAACAUGGACAGCCAAACAACUAUAUGCCAUCAUUUCCAGGGAAGGUCGGUAAUCUAAGAAAAAAGAAAACCUUCCUCUCCCACAUCUUGCAGUUCUGCAGUCAUAACUAUAUCUUCUGGUUAUUUGCCAACAAUUUCUGUGGCCUCUAGCGACAUAAGUUAAUGGCUUCCUAAGGUCAUAACUUAAGCAUAAUUCGUCCCUGUUAUUGAUUACUGAAACUUAGAUCUUCCUGUAUAUUUUUCCUUAGAUGGAUAUUGUAACCAUAAGACUCAAGAACAUCACCAUGUCAAGGGUUUUUACAGCUUUUGCAGCUUCAAAAUUUUAUAAGGCCAUAAAUGUUGACAAGAUAGUUGACUUGGAUAGCAGGUCACAUUGUAAGAUAUAUCUCUUUGUAUAUUUUUUUUUGAGAGUUAUGGAGAGUCAUUGACAAAACUCAACCGUAUAUGAAGCUUGAAAAUUAUUAUUAUUAUUAUUAUUAUUAUUAUUA